CGUUCUCAACUUUAGUUCUUUGCGAGUGGCCAACGCGUUCGGUCGUCGUGCGUGGUCGUCCAGAAGUCUGAAAACCCCGGCGAAAAGGCGCCUGAAACCGGAGUCGCAUCGAAGUUGUAGCAACAGCUGAAAAGUCUCUCGACGAAGUGCAGCUGUAGAUUCUUUAUCUACAUCCCAGUAUCUGUGCGCAUCCCGUGUUCCCAAGUGUGUGUGUGCGUGUUGGCCAGUUGAUUUCGGGCCCGUCAAACUGGGAGCGACAACCUAAUCAAUCAGUCACUCAAUAUGGCCGGUAUUUCUAAGAGCCGCGGCAGCUGCAGCUCCUCCAGAAACAGGCUGCAUCUUCAGCUGGCCUCGCCGCUGCUCGUCGUGAUCUUCGCCUGCCUGCUGGCUUCGUGCUCGGCUCAGCCAAUCGAGUCAACCUCGUCCUCUUCAGAAGUGGAAGAAGUGACAGAAACCACCACGACACUCCCUAUCCAGUUGGAAGAGAGUUCAUCGACGACAGAGCCACCGGUCCUGAAUGCUACAAUUACUGGUCAUCCUGUGGAAGAACCCAAAGUAGUCGAAGCUAGUCCUGCCGAUCCUGUUGAGCCUACAGACAGUUUUGUUUCGGUUUACGGCGGAACUUUGGAACAGGAUAUCAAAAAUGAUGUGAACAGUGAGGUGGAAGUGGAACCCUCCCCGGUGGAACCAAUUAUCGAAGAUGUUCAGAAGGCCGCAGAAGCUGCGCUCGAAAAUCAAGAGAUUGCUGUUCUUAGUGCUCGCGAGCCCAAAACUCUUGAUGCUGCAGAGGAGAAGCACAUUGAAGUCGAGGAGGAGGAAGAGAAGGAGGAGCAAGCGGAGCCAGAGGCAGUCACUGACAAUAUUGCUGUGUCCAGUGAGCAACUGGAAAGCCGCAUCAAGCCAUUGCCCAACGUGACCAGCGACCUGGUUUCCGUGAUCCUCAACGAAGAUCGAGCCAUCACUGAGCAGCCCAUCACCAAGACCAAUCUGCUGGCCCUGGAGCAGGAGCACGAAAGAUUGGAGGUUGGCGAGGACAGCACUCCUGUGCCAUCGGCCUAUGAGGAGCCCAAGCACCAGGUGACCAAGAAGCAGGGUGUGGAAGACCCGCUUCCCAUUGAAGAUGCGCCGGAGGUGCCCGAGGAACCAGAGACUCAGAGACUUCCUUCCGAGGAAACCCAGACUGCUCGUGAGGAACGUAAAUUUGAGGAGGACAAUGACAAGCUAAACGAUAUCCAUGAAAACACCAUUGAGGAUGAUGAGUUGCCAACCAAAUCUUCGACUUCACAAGCUCCUGUGGUCAACGUGGAAACCACUAAAGCUUCGGUGGAGCCAAAUGAAGAGAUCGAAAAAAAGGUGGAAGCCGAGGCCAAGGCGGAAAUUGAGGAGCAAGUGGAGGGCAUCACUCCUUCGGAUGAGACCAUUGUGGAGGCCGCAGAUCCAGAAGAUACGGAAGCUGAAGUACCCGAGACAACCGAGGCGUCUGUACCAGAAGUAGCCAAGUUAGACGAAGAGGAACCCAAGGAAGAAGUUUCAGUCGGACAAGUCCACCUAAAAGAACCCACUAUUGUUAUUCAGAGCACUUCAGAGGCCAAUCAGGAAGAAAACAUCACUGAGGAGCCAGUUAAACCAGAUAGCUCUCCCAAAGUUGAUAAUGACUCAGUCGAGGAGAAAGAUAGCGUAGAAUCAGAUGAGAAACCCAUUUCAUCCGAGGAGGAAAAGGAUCCCGUUGCGGAGGAGGCCAAGUCCGUAUCUGAUGAUAGCACCGCCACUCCCCUGGUCUCCUAUCCUCCGCACAAUGCUGGCCAGACCUUCGAUAGCAACUCGGCGGAUGAGCACUCCGCCCAGCUCUCGGGACCGUCCAACUACCGGUCCACCCUGAUCAUAGCCCUGUGCUCCGGGACCGCUGUGAUCUUCAUCGUGGCCUCGCUGGUGAUCUUCGUGGUCUCGUUCCAGCGGCAGCACGGCACCUUGGACAUCGAGAUGCAGGAACAGCGCCUGGGCAAGGAUGUCCAGGACGAGGACAAUGUCCAGAUGAAGCUUCUCGAUGUGGAUCUCUCGACUCCGGUCAUCUUGCCCAUGGGCAACGAUGAGACCGACGAAUGCCUGUAGACCAUGAUCCCCCAAAUGGUGCCCUGUAAAUAUUUAUUAACUCCGAGACGAGAUUGCAAGACACAUUCAGCCUGCUUUUUUGGCUGGCUGCUAAUUUUGGUUUCUAAAUUGUUGACUGAGAGCAGCUGCAAGCAAAUCAAACGAAUAAUCGAAUCGAAACGAAAUCAUUUGCCAUACUGUUUAAUUAUAAAUGCACCUUACCCCCUAAGAUUUUGCACACGUUUGACAAAAAUAUUUAUAUUUAGACACUUUCUUUAAAGUUAAGCACAUUUUUAUUGAGUCUGAUGAGAAGUCAGAAUAAACAUUUUCGAUUGAUAA